CAUCGUCGUGUGACGUCAUAUUUAAGCGCCUUCUCGUGCUCUGACAGUACGAAUGAAAUCUGUACAGUUGCAUACAGCGAAGAAUACAUAUUUUUUUCUGACCAUACAUCGCUUAAAAGAUGUGAUGAUUGAAAAUUUGAAAGUGCUAAAAGACAUUAACACAGCAUGAUGUGGCUGAAGCUGGCCAGGUCAUCCUGGCAGAUACGUCGCCAUGACAACCUAGUGAUGCUUAGACCCCACAUCAGAAGUUUAUCUCAGGGCUCCCUCAACCUGGACCUCAGAAUUCAAAGCAACCAGCCUUUCUGCUCCAAGUCACCACUGUUAGGUGCCCAUCGCUCCUGCACGCUUGCUCUGGGUCUUCAGCACAGAAGAACUGUGACCACAGCUAGACCAGGCUGGUAUGAAAGCAUUGCUGAAUCCACUCCCGUGUGCCUCACAGAGAAACUCCUGGUGUCCACACAGGAGAUUACUGGACUGCCGUGGUGGGCCAGCAUCAUUUGCACCACGCUGGUUCUGCGCACUGCCAUCACACUUCCCCUGGGCAUCUACCAGUCGAUCAUCAUCGCAAAGGUUGAAGCUUUGCAGAAAGAGAUUGCAGAGUUCGCUCGCCAGUUAAGCUUUGAGAUCUCUGUGAAAGCAAAAGAGAAGGGCUGGUCAGAGAAAACAUGCAGGUUUCAAUUUAAGAAGAAUCUGAAGCGAAUUGUAUCUGAGCUGUACGUCCGUGAUAAUUGCCACCCAUUCAAGGCCAGUUUGCUGGUCUGGGUACAGCUGCCCAUGUGGGUGUGUUUGUCUUUGGCCCUGCGUAAUCUCAGUCUGGGAAUGGGACAUGUUCCUUUUGCAUCUGAUGCCUUGCUGGCGACAGGAGGAACUCUGUGGUUCCCGGACCUCACGCUUCCCGACUCUACCUGGAUCAUGCCUGUUUUUCUUGGCCUCAUUAACCUCUUAAUCACAGAGAUCUUCGCCCUGAGACAAAUAGAGCCUUCAAAGUUCCAGAAGUAUGUGACCAACUUCAUAAGAGGAAUAUCUCUGGUGAUGAUUCCUAUAGCCGCCACAGUCCCGUCAUCUAUGUCUCUGUACUGGCUCAGCUCAAGUUGUGUUGGGUUGGGACAUAACCUGCUCAUGAAGUCCCCUCGCUUCCGGAGUAUCUGCCGGAUCCCUCCGACGCGCUCCGACUCGGAAUCUCCAUACAAGGACAUUGUAGCUGCCUUUGUGGCCAAAUACAUCAGAUAGAUGAAUGCGGAAAAAGUCAUCUCACAUUCACCAUGUGGACAUCUGCAUAUGUAUGAUUAAUGAUCUACCGUAUUUAAAUAUGACAUGUUUAUACAGGAAGUUAUUUAUAAAAAGACUCUUCCAAUGUAUAGUAGGAUUUUAAGAUGCCAUUGAAAUGAUAAACAAGUCUCUUUUGCUGUU